GCCAAAUACACUUCCGGCCGUCCCCCUGUCGGUCCCCACUUACCUCCUACCACCCUCCCUCGUCUCCUGUCCAGCGUCACCAUGUCGCUGGAGCUUGACGCCGUUGUGCGCCAGGGUAUCCAGAACUCUCAGCCGGCCGACGGCCAUGCGUCGUACCCAGCGCCAGUGGCCGCGGGCGGGGCGAACCUCGCACCGAAGACCACCGAGCCCACACGCCCGGUAGUGCCACCUCGGCCAGUGGCUGCCCAACACCACGGCCCGACCUCGAUCAAUGAGUACGGCGCGCCCACCUAUGACCCCCGGCUCGCAGGUCCGUACGGCGGGCCCAGCUCGGCCUACGGACCGGCGGCAUAUGGCUACCAUGCCGGCGGCGGGGUUGGCUACUACGGGGCCGGAGCCGGAGCCGGGGGCUUCCCCUACCCGGGCUACUCAUCGGGCGGGUUCAACGGCACCGGUGCCAGUGCAUAUGGCGCCUUGGGCGCCGGGCGCUUUGGCCUCGGCGCCUCGGGACUCGGGCAGUAUGGAUAUGGCUCGGGAACGGCGGCCCUGGCGCCGGGCAAGCCCGGCGACCCGCUGGACCCGAUGCGCCUGGCACACUCGAUGUACUCGGCCGGCGCGCCAACCCUCUCGAGGCUGGAGUCUGUUGUCCGGGCGGCAUGCGGCCUGGCCCAGCUCCUGGACUCAUCGGUGCAUGCCCUGCACACAUCCUUCGGAGCGGCUGUCCAGCUGGCUGCCCAGUUCGGCCUGGCCAGCACCUUCCUGGUGUCGCAGUUUACCUCGCUGCUGGCGGCCGGCCGGUGGGUCCGGCGCCAGCUUUUGCGCCUGGCCGGGAUCGAAGUGCCAGCCGCCCUUGCCGCCGACGCCUGGCCCGGUGGGGAUGUCCUGCCGCGGGAUGCGGCGCGACUGUUCGCCGGGACCGACUCCUCGGCCGACUCCUCGACCAGCUCUUCGGCGGAUGCCCGUUUAUCCCGGGGGAUACUCAUUGCUCUGGCCGUGGGGAUCACGUACUUCGUGGCACAAAUCAUCCGCCAAACGCGCGAGCACAUGGAGGAGCUCCGCCGGCAACAGGCCGCCCGGCUGGCCGGGCCGCCGGCCGGGGAUUCCAGUGCCACAGCCCCGGUCGGGCCGGCCGAAGAGGUGGCUGUGGCCCUUUUUUCCUUCACCGCUGGCAGUGAUGCCGAACUCUCGCUCCAGCCUGGAGAUCGCCUGGCCGUGGUGUCCCGGAGGACGCCAGCUGGACAGCAUUCCGCCUGGUGGCGAGGACACCUCCUGCCCGGGUCUCCGAGCCUGGUGCCGGGGGCCCGAGCCGAAGGGGUGUUCCCUGGCAACCAUGUCCGCCUGGAACGACCCAUCAGCAGCAGCAGCAACAACAGCAGCAGCAGGAACAGUCCUGACGGGUCACCAGUCCAGCAGCCUGAGUAGCAUGAGCAUGUUCAUGUGAAAAAAAGGGGCACGGGCGCCGGCCGCUGGCGCAUGCGCAAGAACAGGUGCACGUUCGCAUUGGUGUAUGUCUGAAUAUGUAUGUGCAUGCGUGUGGCUGUGUGCGUGUGUUGGGUAUUAUAUUGGCAAUGCGAGCGUGUGCGCCCUCCGAGCGGGGCAAGUGCCCGGGGGACAGAGUGGGGGAAAAGGCUACAAGGACAGUGACUGCGCAUAUACAUG